AUGCGUAUCCGAUCCGUUCUUCGUUUGAUAUUCAUAGGGGUAGUUUUUACUUUUACUUUGGUUCUGCUGGUUCAUUUGUCGAAUAUAGACAAACAAGCAAACGGCGGUUCGGUCCAUUCUUCGCGCCUAUUUCGCCACGUACGUCGAGGAAUACCUGACGAUCAAGUGGAAAGAAACUUAACACAGCGUCCAGAGUACAUCGUUCAGAUGAUGCUACAUGCUUGGAAUAACUACAAGCUGUACGCUUGGGGCAAGAACGAACUGAAGCCGAUGUCGAAGCGAGCGCAUCUGUCAAGCGUGUUCGGUGCUGGCGACUUGGGCGCCACCAUUGUUGACGGACUCGACACCCUUUACAUGAUGGGCCUCAUGGACGAGUUCCGCGAGGGACGAGAUUGGGUCGCGCAACAUUUGCAUAUCGAAGAAGUUGACGCGGACCUUUCAGUCUUCGAAACUACGAUCCGCUUCGUUGGCGGAUUAUUAUCCUGUUAUUCUCUGACCGGCGACACCAUGUUCCGUGACAAAGCCGCCGAAGUUGCCGAUGCUCUACUGCCAGCCUUCGACACACCGACUGGACUACCUCAUGCGCUUAUCAACCCUUCGACCAAGGCAAGCCGUCAGUAUCAUUGGGCAGGACCGAACAGCAUACUCUCCGAACUGGGCACCUUACACCUCGAGUUUACUUACCUCAGUGACGUCACUGGCCGUGAUAUUUACAGACAGAAGGUGGAACGCAUCCGUGAGGUGCUGAACAAUAUAGAAAAGCCGGGCGAUCUGUAUCCUAACUUUAUCAACCCGCGCACUGGCCAAUGGGGACAAAAGCAUAUGUCGCUGGGCGCCCUCGGUGACUCUUUCUAUGAGUACCUGCUGAAGGCGUGGCUGAUGUCAGGCGGUGCUGAUGAACAGGCUCGCAUCAUGUUCGACACUGCCAUGCAAGCAGCCCUCGACAAGAUGCUGAGAGUGUCACCCUCGGGACUGGCGUACCUCGCUGAGAUGAAAUAUGGUAGAAUCAUUGAAGAGAAGAUGGAUCAUUUAUCUUGUUUCGCUGGCGGCAUGUUCGCACUGGCGUCUACAACCUUGGAUAACUCUCUAUCGGAACGAUACAUGGACGUCGCCCAUAAGCUCACCAACACUUGCCACGAGAGCUACGCGCGUUCGGAUACCAAACUUGGACCCGAGGCCUUCAGAUUCUCUGGCGCAGUAGAGGCGCGCGCCCAGAAGAGCAAUGAGAAGGUGUACUUGAUGCGACCUGAGACCUUCGAGAGUUACUUCAUCAUGUGGAGGCUCACUAAGCAACAACGAUACCGCGACUGGGGCUGGGAAGCAGUUCAGGCUCUAGAGAAGCACUGCCGCGUAGACGGAGGUUAUACGGGGCUCGUGAAUGUGUAUCUGCAGACCCCUCAAGGCGACGAUGUCCAACAAAGCUACUUCCUGGCUGAAACACUCAAGUACCUAUAUCUAUUAUUUGCCGACGAUUCUCUAAUAUCGCUGGACGAGUGGGUGUUCAACACAGAAGCGCAUCCGCUCCCAAUCAAAGGAAAGAACCCGCUGUACCGAGCAGCGUCCAAGCCCGUGCCCAUCGAAGCCAACGAGGACAACAGAAUAUAA